ACAAAGGCGGCGGACCAGGGAACAGCUAAGAGAAAGAGGUUAGCUAGAUCCAGAUACAAUUUUCGGGAGGUAUGUGCAUUGAAAUGUAAUAGACUACGAACCGAUACGAAAAAUGACGGGCCGCUAAACGACAUCUGGCUGGAAUAGGUUCUCAUCAACAGACUGUCCCUUCUCAUUCGUUUUUAAACAUUUUAUCCAACGCCCCCCAAUUUAGCGAGCUAGCUAGCAUUAGCGCACUGGUCGCCACUCACCAUUCCUUCAAGAAUCAAAAGAGAGGAACUCAAUAAAAUCGGGAGUUGGCCAAAGGAAAAGAGCGCUUUUACACCCACAGGCGACCCAAGAUCGGAUGUUCAUCCUCGGGGACUAUGCCUAGCCCCUUAUUCCACCCCGAGAUUAUGGACCACGACAUGGUAGUGAGCAGCCAGCACAACGGGGUCAGCUUGCCCCGAGAAACGGAUCAGGAGUCCCGGGACGAGGGCCAUCAGGAGGCUCUCCGCUACGCCCUGGACCAGCUGUCACUUAUGGCCCUGGAGAAGGUGGACUGUGGGGGCGGUGGUGGAGGGCACGUUGACCCACUCGACGAGAACCAGGGACCGGUCUCCGAGAAUUGCAACGGCGGUUAUGUCAACCUGCAGUUGCUGGAGCACCCAGGAGGCUCCCGGGAAUCCCCGACGUCCUGCUCCCCGUCUCCAGAGUACUAUGGAUCGGGCGGGUACCACAUGGCUGGCCCGCACUCUCACUCCAUGCUCGGGGAACAAAACUCAAUUAUCUGCAAUCGCAAGAGGAGUGUCAACAUGACCGAAUGCGUACCUGUGCCCAGCUCCGAGCACGUUGCUGAAAUAGUGGGAAGACAAGGCUGUAAGAUCAAGGCACUGCGUGCAAAGACCAACACCUACAUAAAGACCCCGGUGAGGGGCGAGGAGCCCGUGUUCAUCGUGACAGGGCGCAGGGAAGAUGUGGAGAUGGCCAAGCGGGAGAUCGUCUCGGCGGCCGAGCACUUCUCCAUGAUCCGGGCGUCCCGCUGCAAGGCCGGGGCCACGGGCACAGGAGCACCAGGGACGGGGGGAGCAAUCCCAGGACCCCCACACCUGCCUGGACAGACCACCAUACAGGUUCGGGUGCCAUACCGCGUGGUUGGGUUAGUGGUUGGUCCCAAGGGGGCGACCAUCAAGCGCAUCCAGCAGCAGACCCACACCUACAUCGUGACACCCAGCCGGGAGAAGGACCCUGUGUUUGAGGUGACGGGCAUGCCAGAGAAUGUGGACCGAGCCCGGGAGGAGAUCGAGACGCACAUCACCUUGCGGACCGGGGCCUUCGUGGACCUCCAGGGAGACAACGACUUUCACACCAACGGAACCGACGUUAGCUUAGAGGGCCUGGGCUCGCUGGGCGCUGCUCUCUGGUCUCGGGCCAACAACCACCAUGCUGCCCCUCCACCCCCGCCUCCCCCUCCACCACCGCCACUCCCCCUGGCCAUGCACCACUCAUCUGGGAGGAAGCUAUCCUCCUUGGCCUCCUACCAUCAACACAAGGGAGGGAUGGGCUCUGAGAGCUACAGCGCCCCCAGGAGGGCCACAGAGGGAGGCAGCCCAACCAGCCCCUUCAGCACAGGCUCCAGCAGCGCUGGAGGAGGAGGCGGGUUCACCCCUGGCCUCCCCUCUGAGGAGCUGGGCUUUGAGUUCAGCGCCGCCAACAUCUGGGCACCCUUUGUCAAUGGAGGAGGAGGGAAGGUCCCAGGCUCCUCCCAGCAGCAACCUCUCCGCCGAAACAGCAGCGGCCUGAGUGGAGGCGCCAUCACACCCCGCCUGUCCCCCACCCUGCCGCCCGACGCCGUGGUGGGACCCCUGGAUCAUCCGAUGGCCCGCCGGGCCCAGAGCGACCCUCUCAGCGCCCUCUCAUGGCUGCAGUCGGGCGGUACUGGUGCAGGGACCAUCUCUGGAGCAUCUAGCUCCAGCUCCGGAGGCUCAUCCACCGGUUACUCCUCCUGCUCAGCCUCCUCCCUGCCCGGAGGCUCUCCCACAGACUCAGAGGGCGGGGGCAGUGGAGUGGGCCUGGCCUCUGGCAUGCUGGUCCGGCUGAAGGCUGCGGCAGGCUCUGGGGCUGGAGGUCUGAUUGGUGUAGGGCCAGGGGGCGGGAGCAGGGACUGUUUUGUGUGCUUUGAGAGCGAGGUGACAGCGGCACUGGUGCCCUGCGGCCACAACCUCUUCUGUAUGGACUGCGCCGGACAGAUCUGCCAGUCCGCUGAGCCCGAAUGCCCUGUCUGCCACAUCCCUGCCACACAGUGCAUCCGCAUCUUCUCCUAAUGAACCCCCCUCCAAAGACAAGGGAGGGAAGGGGACACAAGGGGAGGUGAGAGGAUGGGUGUCAUCGUAAAAAACAUCAAUUUUUGUCCCUCUGACUAUCAAGAGAACUGCAGUUGGGCAUCAACUGUGGAGGAACGGACACCAACAACUUUUGCGAAUAGGAUGGGCUAUAAUGAUUACAAUAUUAGAAAUGACACUAUACGGAUGUUGAUUUAAUUAUAAUAACUAUGACAAGAAUAAUGGUAGUAAUAAUAAUAAUGAAUAUUAUUUCCAGACGGGCUGAUUUUGAUUGAUUCUGCAGACUGCAGAAGCAGUUGGGCUUGGAAUCAAGAGAAUUCACGGUGGACUUGUGUCUUAUCUUUCUUCAGGCCUUCAUUCUGACCUGGACAAGCCUUCAGGACUGACCUCGCUCAGCCUCUAGGUUGCCUGUCUGUAUAGUUUUCAUUCCCUCGCGUCUUCUUCAGAUAUCUGACUGCUUCUUUCACAAUCCUUUUCCUUUGCCACUUUUGUAAUUAAUAACAGAUAUUUUUCGACGGAGCUGCCUAGACCUGCACCUUUCUGGUUUCUUUCCGAUGUUCUUUGACAGGAUACGAAACACUGUUUUUCUGGUCUUCUCUGUUCUCUUUAACUCUCUCUUUCUCUCAUGCUGUAGUAUAGUGACGUAAAGAAAAGGCUUUGGGAUUGUGGUAUGAGCCUGGAACUGACUUUGAAACAGGCACAGAAAGAGACACCUAUGAGACGAGGCUGAGGGACCUCAUAGAUGUUAUGAAUGAAGACUGAAACACUUAAGAUAUUUAUACUGUUCAAAAACUGAUAUUCAAUGUCUUGGUUUUAACGUCCAGUAUAGGAAUAAUAUAAUAGUUUUAAGUUAUUUAAGGAAUAUCAGUAGUAAUGCCAUAGGUCAGUUACUCAGUCCCCGUUGGUCUGUCUUUCUCUCAAACCCUCUCUUCCUAUCUCCCCUCUACCCUCCCCUCUCUCCUUCAAUAGUUCCAGAGUUGAGCGUUGUUUCUGGUUCGAUUGAAUGAAGCGGAGCCGAGCCUUGUAUUAAACCCUACUGUUGUAUUCCAUGUCGAAGGCUCAGCUGACAACAGAAUGUGUAAUUGAAACAAACAUGUCUUGUUUUUGGCUCCAUUCCUCUUUCUUCCCCUUGUGGAGCUCAGUGUAGACACCUAGCCAUCCACAUGACAAACUAAACCCAGUCCACCCAGAUCUUCCAUUUUAUACAGUUUGCUUUGGACAGCUAAAUAUGUUUUAGAUAGGUUUUGGCUUUUUCACUGUAAACUGUGGUCCGGUUUGCCCCUGACUUCUCUUUCUCUCUGUCUCUGUCUCUCUCUCUAUCUGUCUGUCUCUGUCUGUCUCUGUGUUGAAGUCCAACAGGAGAAUAUUGGUAUUGGUGAUGUCACACACACAGGAAUGUCUCUGCCAAUAGGGAUCUUGGUUAAGAGGAGGCGGCCCGUCCCCAGUAUUAAGGGGCGUCAGAAUGAGCCGUCUCUCUGUGCACUGCAAACCUUGAGCGACACAUUGUAAUGUUUUUAGCCCCCACCUCAACUCCCCCAGCUAAGCUCUUUUUCUCCUAGUCUAACCCCGGAUCACCCUGCCCAUUCGGCAGUGGCAUCCUGGGAGAUAUGUUUUCUGUGUAUUUUCGUUCUAGUAAGUUCACAUCAACUGCCUCUCUCCUAUGGUGUUUUUAACUAUGAUGUGGACAGGUUGGUUUUGUUGUGAUGGUACGGUACACAGUUGUAGUAUGUAGCCCUUUGAACGUACGGAUGUAUUCAUAGAAUGAGACAAGCCAUGAUAAACAAGAUUAAAACAGGGCUUCCUAUGAGCACACACACUACAUUUUCAGGUGUUUAACAUUCUCAUUGGUGACAACAGCGAGAGUAAUCAACUUAUCCUAAUGGCAGCUAGUAGCUAUUUCAUCCAGGGCUUCCAGACACUAUGUGUUCAAACCCAAACAGCUGCAGAAUGUGUUGCUUGUUCUUUUCUCUGGUCUACGUCUAUAGAACAGUAGUCAACCUUGUUUUUUGGUCAACCCUGUUAGCACCAGUUCUUCUAAUUCACGUCCAUCGUCUGUGAACAAAUUAACAGAAGGCCCUGUUCCAAUACUUUUCAACUGCAGCCUUCCUUUCUCCCCUCACACCUUGAGGUACUAAUCAGUGAUCUACCAUGUGUGGACAGGUGUUCCCAGCAAUAAGGUCACUUCAGAUCAGUGACUGCCUUCAGGGAGGGAGAAGGAAAAUAUGCAUUUCAAGAGAAUGAACACACUUCACAUGGUAUAGGCAGAGCUGAAGCCAAGCUACUUUUUAACAAACCCCUUCUGUGUGUCUAAGAUGCCUGACUAAAUGAGCUAGCCAAGUGAAGGGGACAGCGGCUUGAGGUCUUAAUCUGUAAUCUAAUAGUCAACCCUCCUCAUUUAGAUACACAAUAUCUCUCCCAACUUGAAAGGCCCUCCAUGUCCACAGAUGUGGAGCUAGUAGCCACUGAGGACAAUUGACUGAAGACUACUCUGUUGGUGCGAACUUGCUACUGACACAGAUACUGUUUUUAGAAAAAAGGAACGGCCAUAUAUAGGGCAGCACAGGGGCACAGCGUCCCCUCUCCAGCUCCUCUUUUAGGAAUUAACUGUACAACCCUGACCACCCCGUGGUCUCUUUCUCUCUACCCUCAACGUGAGAGCGAUCAAUCUGUGUAAACUGGCAACCUGUCCCUGCUGGGCUUGGUGUCAAACGUUUAGUUUUCUCUGCUCCUGCAGACACAAGUUAGGUGCAGGGGAGGACGUGACCAUGUCUUUAAAGGAACAGCUAGACUGUGAGUGUUUGUGUGAAUCUCCUUUAGUGUUAAAUGGAGGCCAAUUUUUAAAAGGGCCCCUUUUUUCCAGAACUGCCCAUGACUUCUGUCACUUAAUGUCCGUAGUUGAAUUUGCCAGGUGGUUCUGGUGUAGGUUCUGGUCUGGUUGUUUCACUAGCAAACUCUAUACCCAUGGUCCAGAGUGUUAUGGUCAUGUACAGUAACAAACAGCUAAAAGGUACAGAAUAUUCUCAUAUUCUGCAGAUAAAUUUUUUUCUGAGCUUAACCUCACCCCUCUCCUUUAGGUUUGAAAACAGGGUUUAUAGAGGCUCGUUGAGUGAUGAUCUCUGACCUUUUUGUUACAGAGGUGGGCCCAGAGAGCGCCACGCCCAUCUGGGCAAGCCCCUCCCCCUGAAACUGCCUUUCUAUUUGCUUUAAUUCUUCUUGUAUGCAGAACCAAAAUGUUACGUCAGCAAACAAGGUUUCAGGCCUGACUUGUAUGUAUAUAAUCUGAAUACAAUCAAUGGGAUCUCGUUUUUAAAAAAGUUACCAGACUUAAGUAAUGAAGUUAAGUGUAGUUUUUAAAAACAUGUAUAAUUAUUUGUAAGUUAACCAUAUGCAUGUCUUCAAGCCAUCAGGCAUUAGAGGGGAAAAACUUUUUACACAUUUUUAUUUUUACAAUUUAUUUGCUUACCUAAAUAUCCCAGACAAUAAUGUGACCGUUUUUUAUUACUUCAAAAUGAUUUUUUAUUUACCAUAUUAUUUUCCUUUAUUUCCUGUGUACUACAUAUAGCCAAUUUUAUAACAAAAUGAGAAAAAUAUUGAAGAAAUUUUUUAAUUGAAAUAUAUUUUAUUUGAAAGUUUAUGGACCUUUUAACCGUGAGCCGGAACAAUUGUAUACGCAUAUCAUUUGAGCUGACUUGACGGUUAUGAGAAAUGUAUCAAGAGUUUUAUUUUUUAUGCUACUUUAAUAAAAUCUUGUUUUUGGUUUCUUUUUUUACUGUAAAACAAUAACCCUAUUGUGUUUGCAUUUUCUUUCACCUCUCUUUAGCUUAAUCUAUGGUCAGACCACAUAAUUGAAUACCACCUUAUGCUUUACCGAAUUAACUAAAGUAAAUCUUAACUCUUAUGAUCUCAACUGCAUUGUUGGUUGUUAGUAAGCAUUUUCACGGUAAGGUCUACCUACACCUGUUGUA